CCUUGGUAUAAUAGAGCACACGACUAUAAUUUGGCAAAUGAUAUAUGUAUCGGUUUAAGACCUGCAAUCCCAGAUGAUACACCAAAAUUUUAUGCAGAUUUAAUGGAACAAUGUUGGGAUGAUGAACCAGAAAACCGUCCGACAGCAUCAUAUUUAAAUGAAAAAUUAGGUGAAUGGAUUACUUUAAUUUGCGACGAUCCGAGUCCUUCUCAAAUUUCAGAUGAAAGUUCUGUUGCUGAAGAGAAAAGGUGGAAGAUGAUUUCACAAUUGUCUAAAAAAUAUAGUCAUCCAGAGAAGCAUCCCGAUGCAUACUAUACAAGUAGGCCGAAAUGCCAUUCCAAUUACAAUGUACAUUAGACUAUGUAAGUUGCGCUAUUUUUUUCCCAGUCUUUCGAUCGUAUAUCACUAUCAAAAGCAAAAACUCAGAAUUUAUACUGAAAAUUCGGAUAGAAAUUUAUGAAUAUUUUUAAGCAUUUUAACGGUUUAUAAAUUAUGCUAAUUUUUAUUAUGUACCAAAUUACGAUUAUAUGAUUAUCUUUUUCAAUUUAUUAUUUUUAUUUUAUCUUAUU